UAGCCGUGCUUUUUCCCUGUUGCUUUACGGAAGUGUGGGGUAAGGGAAAUGAGUAAGAUGUAGGCGGUAUUUUUACACCCUCUUACGUGAGCAGUUUAGAAGACCUUAAUAAUGAAAUAACACUGUCAAAGCACAGAAAAAUAUGCCUCCGAGGCAAAUUUAUGGCUUCCGUCCCUUCCGUGCCCCUUUACUAUAACCGCCACAGGGAAACAUCUUUGCAAGGAGGAGACAUGAAUGGCACAGCCAUAGAAAAUUUUAUCUGUGUGAUAUAUAAUGUUUCCUUCAUGAACUGCACUUGGCAUGUGAGCAGGACAGCUCCAGGAGAUACCCAAUAUUUCCUGUACUGGAAGAGCUCACGGAAAGAAGAUUUCAUAGGAUGCCAGAAUUAUGUCAAAGAUAAUUGUGGAAGGCACACAGGAUGUAGAUUCCAAAAUGUGACAAUAGAAAAUAAGAGUGCUUAUUUCCUGGUAAAUGGAAGUGGACAAAACAUUCAGUCCUACAAGAAUAUGAUUGCUCUGUACAAAAUUGAGAAGCUCACCCCUCCAUUAAAUGUCACUGUGAACUGUACAGGACUUUCUCAUAGUUGUGAAAUUAAGUGGCAACCACCUCGUACAAGUCAUGUGAAAAGAGACACUUGUUUCAAAUAUCAAGUUGUCAUAGAAAAGAAGGCUGAUCCUGAGAAAGGCAUCAAAGACACAUCUAAAAUGGAAACAAACAUCACUGGAAACUCCUACAUAUUUGACAGCUUCAAUGCAGAAAAAAGAUACAGCAUCAAAAUCAGAGCUACUGACAAUGGUUGCUUAGUGAGCAAAAACUGGGGGGAGUGGAGUACACCUGUAGAGUUUGGAGGAGAACAACUUAUGUCUACCUCAUCAUAUGUGCUACUUCUGGUAUCAGGACUGGCAGCAAGUAUCGUAUUUUUUCUCUGUGCAGUAAACAUUUAUUUGAAAACAGUACCUGCUAGAGUACUACAGCCAAAAGACCCAUUCCAUGAGAUCGCUCCAAUGAAUUUCCAGACAGAAUAUGAGAAUCAAUUAAUAAAGCAUGAAACUGAAGAAAUAAUAACCGUUAUUGAAGAAGUGGCAUAAUGGCAUGCAAGUGAAGAGAGUCGGAUUUUUUUUGUUGUUUUUGUUUUUGUUUUCACAUGAACAAUUAUGUAUCUUGUUGGCAAUAAUUUAUAGGUUUUUCAUAUUGUCCUUCUUGUAAGCAGAGAUAACAGCAUUGCCUGUAGAGGCAGCUCCUCAGGAACCUGUCUUUGAAAAAAUCCUUGUAUUUGCUUGCAGUUUCCAAAAAUAUUUUCAGUUGUGUGGACUUCCUUCUUCCUAUGACGAUUUCUUCAUUCUUCUUAUGAAGACCAUUUUUGCAGUGUUUCAGCAAAAAUAUUUCAGUAGAGCUCUGGAAGUUAUUAUACUACUUUUCAAUCUCAUCCAGAAGAAUAAAAUAGGAGCAACCAAAUUUAAGUGUUUUAUUCAGAACCUCCAGUGGUCCACUGCCUAGGAAGCAGCUUGAUCAAGGCUGUAAUCAGGAGUAAAAAUUUAUCAUCUCUAUGAAAACCCACUGAAAAUAGGCCAAGAUUAAACAUCUCAAAAAUGCUCACUUGCCCACAGAAAAUGAAUAUUGUUAAAGAUUUCAGGAGACAAUUUUCUCAUAAACCCAUUUGUUGCCUCCAAACUAUGUUGCUGAGUCCUUCAGCACAAUAUCACCUAGAGGCUGAUCCUCACUAUUUACAAACCCAAAGGUUUCUUCCCACUUCAUAUUUGUGGUAGAUAAAAAUAUAACUUGAAUUGUGAAUACCAACAGGUAGCAGAUAACUGGGAAGGGGAGGAGGGAUGGUGUGCAAUGUCAGAAAUUAAACGUUUGAACUUUCAACCAGAAGCCUGUCACUUGCAAGCUGAAGUACAGGCUGGCUGUUUUUAUAACAUCUGGACAAAACAGAAGUGACACAUCCUGAACCUCUAACUAGCAAGCAGAUAUGAGACUCAACCUUAGUAUGGAAGCUAAUCAUGCAUUUCACUUUAGCACGUGGAUCGUUUCAGUUGGGGAAACCAAGGAUUAGAGGUCAUUCAUAACCAUGGGGUGCCCAGUGGCCCAUCUCUUAUUCCCCCUGUGCCUGUACACCUCAUUACCGUACCCUGUGUCUCCACUUCUAAAGGCCUCUGCUGUCAUCCAAGGAUACACUGCAUCAGUGGUGGUACCUUGGUGGAACCACACAAAUAUAAAAGUAAACAAAUUAGCUACAGAAACCUGUUCAAUGGUCUGUUACUAGCAAUAGAAAUACCAUAUUACAGGACUACAUGGCUACAACAGCUGAGUUCACUAUUACUGCCAUUGUAAACGAUCUGUUUUUCCUCAUGCCAGCAUUACUGGCACGACUGUCCCUCCAGGCUCAAUACUAAACGUCUCCCAUGCCUACAAAGCAAUUCUGUUCCUUACUGUUUUUUCAAAAGUUUUCCCUGAGACUGCUAAAAAACUUAUUCUGGAAUUGGUUUCGUCUUUGUUUCUGUGAUUCUGCCAGAAAAAGAAACAAACAAACAAACAAAACAAGCAGAGCCCUGGCUGGAGGGAAGCAUGCCUUGAGCCAUCCCAUAGCAUGAACCAGGCAGGCACUAAGUGAGUUCCUGCAGCAGAGUAGAUC